AUGGGUAACCACGGGAACCUACCCCAGCUCGUCGAGCAAGUCCAGCAUGUCAUUCGACAGGUACAAAAGCCCCGGCUCCUCCAGGAUCCGGGUGCCGUUAGUUUCAAUCUUCCCAGUCCCUCUUCUCUUCUUUAUAGUUUAGAAGUUAGUGAACCUGGCGACGAGAGCAUUUGUGAAGAUUUCUUCGAUUGGGCUUUGUGGGGGACCGACCAAGUCGAAAAAGCACAAUCUGGUACCAAGUCUGAAGAUUCUUCUAUGCCUGGACUCACCUCGGCGACAACUCCGCCGCCAUCAGAGAAAGGCGGUGCUCCUCCAUCACCUAGGGAGGUAGAAGAUCGUACACAGCACAAGGACAAGCUUAAAGAGGCUAGGAGAGCUGAUGACAGCUACACCUUCCCCCAACGAGAGCUUCGGCCCAAGGCAGAUUAUGUUUCACAAAUUUCUUUGAGCACUGCCGUCCAACACGUAUUGGUGGCUAGACCAGGCCUUAUAAGGUCUACCAGAGAAAGCUCACUACCGUCUCCACCGUCUAGCCCUCGGUCCAGCAGUGACAGAAAUGGCCCGCCAAACAGCUCCCGAUUGUCUCGAGGCAAGCGUGUUGGACCUCUGAAGAAUGGAGAUGAAGUAGCAGACGUGCGAGCAUUAGGAGCUUGCAUUUGCUGUCGCAUCCGCAAAGUCAAAUGUGACGAUCACGAAGUCUGCGGGACGUGUGCUGAUAGGGCAUCGAAACCGAGUCUCUGGCUGGAGGGCAUUACUGGUCAACAAAUAUGCUUCCGAAAUCCUUUUGCGGACAACCAGUUGUUGUUCCCUCAAAUCUCAAAAACUGAAGCGAAUCGUCAACCCGUGGUAUGUCGACCAACCCCGGUCGAUUUUAUCAACGACAUUCGCGUUUUCUUCCGAUCCAACACCGAUGUUCGGCAGGCGUUGUUGCUUCAAACUGUCUUGAAGGAUGGUCGUCUCGCUGGAAACGAACGAGAAUCCAAUAACUACAAGCUGAACAUCGAUGAACAGCCCGACGGCAGCAAGCUUCAGGAUUGGGCCGAGCACCACAUGAAUAGUGUCGGAAUCACCGACUUUCAGUCUGCCUUGGACCUCUUCGUCUUGAAAUAUGCAAAACAGUCAACAAAUUUGCCACAGCAUGAUCUUCUUCGGAAGGUUCACAAAAUGCGAUGCUUGUACAAAGUUUGGAGUCAAAAGGACUUCGUAUUUCUUGAGAACCCUUCUACGCCUGUACGCGUGCUUCCAAAAGCUUUGCAGACAGGUUUGAGAAACCUUGCCAAAUUCGGCCUUAAGCGGCUAGAAGGAGAGGUUUUUGCGUUGCUCGACAAGUCCCUUUGGAUGAAUGGGGCCAAAGUCAACGAACAGGACCGAAUGGGCCUAUGGGUAUCAGUCAUGCAACUGAUCCUGAUGUAUCGAGAUAUAUUCGGAAAGACAAUGGCAGCCAGUAAUAUUCCGCCAAGUCAUGCAUAUUAUCGAAGCGCAUGUCAAUUACGAAAACUAUCCGUAAGGUUGUUCUCGGCACUUGUCGUGAUAUGUGAAGUCGCAUCAUUUGGAAAGAAGCCAUUGGCCUUCGACUUAGAAGUCCCGGGCACCGAUGCUGUGCAAACCGCGCGACGCUUCAUGAACAACUGUCUCCCACUCCUCGAAAGACACCGAGAUGAAUUCUUUGAAAGCGUCGAACACAGACCCGACCUCCUGGACAAACUUCUUUUGAGUUUGCGUGGCCGAAGUCCCAAGAAGGGUCAAACGGCGAAGCGCCAGAAGACGACAAAAUAA